UAUGGUGGUAAUUUUAAAAUAGUUCAUUUAUAAUCGUCCUUAACCUCGUGCGUUGCGUUUAUGAAGAGAUAAUUGCUGGUUCUGUCAGAUUAAUUGGUACAUCGAAAGUAUAAAUAAUGAGUACACCUCAGAAUACUGGAUUAUCCUUCGGGACUCCAAAAUCUACAGCAGGAAUUACUGGUUUGACCUUUGGCACUCCGACUACCAUGGCUACUGGUACUGGCUUUGGCCUUGGCGGUGGUAUAACUGUAACCACAACAUCUAUAUCCACAGUCUCCAGCCUGCCAAGUUUUACAAAUCUGACGAGCAGCACAACGCCCAUGGUUGCGCCAACAGGACUCUCCUUUGACGCUGCAAAAACAUCCACAACUGCGACUCCAGGAUUUUCUCUUGCAACCACUACAACAGGAGGUCUUGGCUUUGGAACGUCGAAACCGAUGACAGGUGCAACUGGUUUGACUUUUGGAACUCCAACUGUUAUGCCUGCUGGAACUGGAUUUGGUCUUAGUAAUACAAUUGUGACAACCACGUCUCAACAACAAGUAGGGAAUGUUCCGAGUUUUAGUCUUCCUAGCAGUACAGUUCCAACAUCUAUGACACCAAGGCUUUCAUUUGAUGCUGCAAAGACAGGAUAUAAUACUACUACAACUGCAACUACAGGAUUUUCCCUUGCAACAACCACAGCGGCAGGAUUUAGUUUUGGAGUUGGAACAUCGACAACAAGUGCCGCAGGAUUUCCUUUAAGCAAAACCACCUCAGCUGCUAUUUCAACAAGUCUAGCAACACCUUCUACGCAUACUUCCUUGGGUACUACCACUACUGUUAGUUCUGUAACUGGUAUUCAAUCAGGAACUAUUAAUUUCUGUCAACUUGAAGAAUCCAUUAAUAAGUGGACUUUAGAUUUAGAAGAGCAAGAAAAGGUAUUUGUAAAUCAAGCAACACAAAUUAAUGCUUGGGAUAAAUUGUUAAUAACAAACGGGGAGAAAAUAGUAACACUGAAUCAAGAGGUUGAAAGAGUAAAAAUUGAGCAGCAGCAACUGGAGCAUGAACUUGAUUAUGUUGUCGGACAACAGAAAGAGUUACAAGAAUGUUUAGUACCAUUAGAAAAAGAAUUAGCAUCUCUUUCUGUUUCGGAUUCUGAUCGGGAAUAUACUUAUCGUUUGUCAGAAAAUCUCGAUACUCAAUUAAAACGUAUGUCUGAGGAUCUGAAGGAAAUAAUAGAACACUUAAAUGAAGCGAAUCGCGCUCAGGACUCCAGCGAUCCUAUUGUUCAAAUUGGAAAAAUUUUGAAUGCACAUAUGAAUAGUUUACAAUGGCUAGAUCAGCAAACAGCUUUGUUGAGCCAGAAAAUACAACACAUUGAUCAGAUGCAUCAAAGUUUUAGACAAGAAAGUGAACAGAACUUACAUUUAGCAUAUAAUUAGUUAAUUUCUUAUAAACUUCUAAGAUAUUUUUUGAAUUUACUAUGUUAUGCCAAUUAUUGAGGAGUGAAGAGUGUGAAUGAUGUAAAUGUGUUGAAAUGUAAGAGUGAAAAAAAUAAACAUAUAUUUUGCAUUUCAAUAUUAUUAAUAUAAA